AUGAUAACGGCUUUGCUAGCAUGGAUCGGUCUUGUCUCGGGACAAUGGUGUGUUCAACGUAAAUAUAUAACGAAAUCUCGUAUGAUGGCGGUGACAAAGCGAGAGACUUACUGGACCUAUAAUUGGUUAAAUAUUCAAGUGCAGCGAACCAGAUACGGCUCGGAUUUCGAACCACAUUAUUACACUGAACCCCAAAUUGUGAAAGUUUGCUGCUCCGGCUACACUGAGAGGAACUCCACCUGUGUACCGAUUUGCAUACCGGCUUGCCCGGAUAAUAGUCACUGCAGUGAUCCCAACCGUUGUAGUUGUAACUCCGGUUACAGCUCCACCAUUUCCUAUGAGGCUACCAUCGUCUGCAAGCCGAUAUGUGAUCCAGAGUGCCCGGCAUAUAGCACUUGCACCAAACCUUCUGAGUGCGAAUGCAAUGAAGGCUAUCGAACUCGAAAUAACACUUGUGAACCGAUUUGUAUCACUCCCUGUCCAAAUCAUGCCAACUGCACCGCCCCACAGACUUGUAGCUGCUUACCGGGCUACAGACUCACCGCCGAUGGGCAAGAAUGUGCGCCUGUAUGUAAAAAUGGUUGUCCUUUGAACACUUACUGCCAAUCGCCAGGUCUAUGCGCUUGCCGCACUGGCUACACUUUGAAAUCAACACAGACGGGUGGCGUUGAGCUGACCACAGAGGUUAGCAGUGAAGAGUGCGUGCCAGUUUGCAGUGACGGUUGCCCAGCACAAAGCAGUUGCGUGGCACCUGAAGUGUGUCGCUGUGAAGAGGGCUACACUAUGCUCACUCUCGGGGUGGAAUCAACCAAUAUUAGCACUUGUGUACCAGUGUGCGAGGAGCAUUGUCCAUUGCACGCUAGUUGCAUGCGUCCGAACGAAUGCGAGUGCGCGCCAGGCUAUGAAAUGAGUCAUCUGUCGCAACAUCGUCCCUACUGCCAAGCGCAAUGCCAGCAGAAUUGCAGUAUCAAUGGUAAAUGUGUGGCGCCGAACGUGUGCGAAUGUUUUGAUGGCUACGAGCACGUGAAUGGCACACACACCAACAAUGAGCCAACGAUCUCACAACAGCCUUACUGUCAGCCCAAAUGUACGAAUGGCUGUCUGCAUGGCAUCUGCUUUGCACCGGAAGUUUGCGUCUGCCAGCCCGGUUACUUAAUGGGCGCUCAAGGUGUGUGUGAACCCGUCUGCACAAAAAGUUGCCAGCACGGACGCUGCAUUGAGCCAGAAAUUUGUGCCUGCGAUGAAGGCUACCGCCUAUCGGCGGCUGACUACAGCAAAUGCGAACCUAUCUGCACGAAAGCCUGCAUCAACGCGGAGUGCGCUGCACCAGGAAUUUGUCUCUGCCGUGACAAAUACAAACCUAAGCACAAUGCGAGCAGCGAUGCGCUCAGUGCACACGAAUGCGAGCCGAUGUGCAUACCCGAGUGUGUACACGCCGAUUGCGUUGCGCCGGACCAGUGCCGCUGCCAUGAAGGUUACGUGCCACAUGAUAAUGCAACGCUAGCGCACAUGUGCCAGCCACACUGUGAACGCAGCUGUAAACAGGGCAAAUGCAUAGCACCGGGUUCAUGCUUGUGCGAAGAGGGCUUUGAGUUGGAAUCCACGGCAGAAAUGGAUGAAUGUGUACCAAUUACGACAAGUAGAACAACAACGGAAACUCCAUUUACAACUCCAGAAACAACUACAAUAAAUAUACAAACAACUACGUCAUUAAUAACUUCUACCGCCUACAUCGUGGACUGGUUCACUAAAAGUCUAACCGCAGAGUCUUUAACAACAACCAAUGAAGAGACGCCGGUGCCACAAGAUAGCUUGGCGGGGUGUACAGAAGUGUGUUAUUGUUGGAAAAAGGAGGGUUCGGAUCUGUGCUUUGAAAUAUGUGGCUUGGACAAUGAUACGUGCAUUGAUGCCAAAUUUUCUCAUUGUAAUGAAGCAGACAAACAGAUAGCAUACACAGAUGGCGAGGCAAUAACAACCUUUACAUGCGGAUUAAACAGGACCACCUCAAUUCACUAUAGAGCCGACGGCAAUGAAGAGCCUCUGUGGUUGCUCAUUGCCGGCUCAAUAUUCAUCGCAAUAAUGCUAAUGGCAAUUGUUUACCUGUGCGUUCGUAUAUACCAAACGCGACACGAAACAGGCGCACACGAUAUUCCCCUACGCUUACUUAUGAAAUUGUAAUGGUCUAAUUUUUGGCGAUCUCUGCAUUCCUCCAGAGAAGGAUCGUACUAAACCAGAUAUUGAUGAGAUUUCUUGUAUUGUAAGCUUUGUUAUGCCUAGAAGAGAUAUUGUGGAUUCUAAAUUAAAUGAAUUAUUUAUGUCGUGCCAUAAACUAAGCAUUGAGCAGUAUUUUAAUAGUAAAAUUAAAAAAAGUAAUGAUGUUUAA